CUGCCCGUUGUCAGAACAGUCCCUCCUUUACUCUUUCCAUCUGCCCGUUCCUCACCCUCUUAACCUGCCCGAACUCCCCAUUUCUCUCUACUCUGCUUAAAUGUGAAAGCUUCACCACUUUCUUCUUCACCACCCCCAUCACCUAUCCCUCCCUCCGGGUGGUUGUGGAUGAUUCCGGCGGAUCUCCGCCGCUCUCCGCCGUAGCAAUCAUACCCAAAAGUUAAAGAUUUAUAAGAUGGGGCAGGGGUUAAGUUGUAGAGUGCAAGAUGAACAUGGGUUGUUUACAGCCGUACAGUUUGGUGAUCUUGAGCUUGUAAAGACUCUUCUUGAGAAAGAUCCAUCUCUCAUUCAACAAACAACUGCUUAUGAUCGUCAUUCUGCUCUUCAUAUAGCUGCUGCCAAUGGCCAGAUCGAGAUUGUUUCUAUGCUAUUGGAAGACCGAUCUGUGAAUCCUGAUUCUUUGAAUCGUCAUAAACAGACUCCAUUGAUGCUGGCUGCAAUGCAUGGGAAGAUUGAUUGUGUUAAAAAGCUCAUUGAAGCUAAUGCUAAUAUUUUGAUGUUUGAUUCACCAAAUGGAAGAACAUGCUUGCACUAUGCUGCUUAUUAUGGUCAUUCUGAUUGUCUCGAAACCAUUCUUUUCGCGGCUCGGACCUCUCAUGUUGCCGCUUCUUGGGGAUUCUCAAGAUUUGUGAAUAUUAGAGAUGGUAAAGGGGCAACACCUUUGCAUUUGGCUGCCCGUCAAAGACGACCGCAAUGUGUUCAUAUGCUUCUAGAUAGUGGAGCUCUUGUAUGUGCCUCUACCGGGGGCUACGGUUUCCCGGGUAGCACACCACUUCAUCUGGCUGCAAGAGGGGGUUCAAUAGAUUGCAUCAGAGAACUAUUGGCAUGGGGUGCGGAUCGACUUCACAGAGAUGCAUCUGGGAGAAUUCCAUAUUUGGUCGCGUUAAAGCAUAAAAACGACACAUGCGCUGCUUUAUUAAAUCCAUCGUCUGCAGAGCCUUUGGUUUGGCCAUCACCGUUAAAAUUCAUUAGUGAACUUAAUCAAGAUGCAAAAGCGUUGUUGGAGCAAGCGUUAAUGGAUGCUAAUAGGGAGAGGGAGAAAACGAUAUUAAAGGGCAUGGGCUAUUCACCACCAUCUCCAUCACAUUCGGAUGCUAGAACUACCGAUGAUAAUAUCUCCGAGGUAAGUGAAACGGAGUUAUGUUGCAUAUGUUUUGACCAAGUAUGCACAAUUGAGGUCCAAGAUUGUGGUCACCAAAUGUGUGCUCAAUGCACCCUAGCCUUAUGCUGCCACAACAAACCGAACCCAACAACCGCUUCACUUAGCGCACCCGUCUGCCCGUUUUGCCGAAGCAACAUUGCCCAGUUGGUGGUUGCAAAAGUCAAAGUCAACGCCGAUGAUCAUGAACUUGACCUCUAUUCCUCUCCAAAACUCCCAAAAACGAGAAAAUCCAGAAACUUUAGCGAGGGAAGUAGCAGCUUCAAGGGUCUAUCGGGUGUACCCUCGUUUGGGAAAAUGGUGGGCUGUGGCUCCGGGAGAAUAUCUGUCGGCAACGAAUGCAUCAUCGACAAACCGUAAAAGAAAAGAAAGUUAACAAGACAUUUCGACACAUGGCAAGCAAGGAUUGGCUGAAGAAAGUCUCGGUCCCAUUUCGGUAUUUGUGGAAAAAUGUCUUCUGUCUAGUGUCUACUCUUUAUGAAGAUGAUCUCAGAAGGAAUAAGCAAAGCAAUAUGUGAUUUCUUUUUUGCAGAUUUGGGAAUUUUUUUUUGUUAUAUCUUUCAAUGUAUUACUUCACCUUCAAGAAGCAGCAAGCAUAUUCCUCUUUAGAAGUAUUCUUUUGAAGUAGACAUUGGUGAGUGGUAAAUUGUACCCCACCUUUUGUAAUUUUGUUGCUUGAUUGGUUAUGGGUGUAGCAUUGUAUAAUAUAAAUAUCUCUGUUUUCUUUAUUCUGUUAUUAUAAGGGAUAUGAUUGCAAGUU